AUGCAAAUAAUGAUGAAGAUAAUGAACCUUUUGAUAAAACUGAAUUAUAUAAUUUAUAUUGGAAUACUAAUGAUACUGAAGAUAAAAAUUAUUGGAAGGCUGUUAAUGAAGAAGUACUUUGA